AUGUCCUACCAGGGUCACUGUAAUUGCGAGAGUAUUCGCGUUGUUCUCCCCCAGCAACCAGCAAACACUGGUAUCUGUUAUUGCGAUUCCUGCAAGCGCGCUGGUGGCGGCGGAUUCUCCUGCAAUUACUUUGUUAGCGAAGAUGACUUGACUGUCGAGGAUUCAAAGAAGACUCUGAAAAUCUUUGAAGACAAGAAGUCUGCUUCUGGAAACCCUGUCAAGCGCCAUUUCUGUUCCAACUGUGGCAGCCCUGUGUUUACCACGACCCCCAAGGCACCCGGACAGGUCUUCUUGAAGGCCGCUUUGUUUGAUACUGUUUCCCCUCCUAAAGCCGAGGUAUUUGCCGAGAAGCGAUACAACUGGGUUGGUGUUGAACAUCAGACGUGA